AUGGGACGGGGUCAGGUGCUUCCUGAUCCAAUCCCAUCUAUCCCUCCUGGCAAAUCCAUCAUCUCAUUGCCUGCAGAACUUUCUUCCAUUAGGCGCAGUCCGGACCCUAACAGCAUCGAUGGAAGCAACUGGUUUGACCCGACUCUCCUUGAUAACGAAUUCGGUACAGCCGAAGGCAUCAAAGAACUCCAGACCAUCGCGAAAUACUUCAGUGUUCCACGCGUGGAAGAUGAUCUCCACGUCUUUCUUAAUGCAAUGAACCUACGGCUGCCUCGAUCUUGUGGAUGGAUUUGGCCGCUUCUCUCCCAAUUCGACAAGAACGCAGGGAAAGAUGUCGCGGUUUUCCUCCUAUGGUGUCCAAUUCAUCUUACACGCCUUGAUGAGCCUGGAGAAUGUUUCACUAAUGACUUUAUUGCUGGUCUGCAGACCUUACUUAGCCCUCCAUGGCCUCGAUUCACUCUUGGUAGAUUUACGAAAACAAUGCCGCCGCUCAACCGAUAA